AGCAGUUUGUAUCUCGAGGUAGGACGUCAGUAUGGCAGACGAAAGGCAAAACUAUUACUAUCCCGGAGAUGUAAUUUAUUCUGGCAAACCUUUCGUAACUUGUGUUCCGAAAAACGUACAGUCUGAGAUAUGCUCAUAUUGUUAUGCAAGGAACUCACCUUUGAAGUUUUGUGGAUGUUGCCGUAUAUCUAAAUAUUGCAACAAAGUUUGUCAGAGAAAAGACUGGAGUAAUCACAAACUCGAAUGCAGAUUUCUGAAGAACCUACCAGAGCAUGAGUUAACUUACAUUAUUCAAUUGGUGGGAAAAAUAAUUAUAAAAGUAAAGGGUGAAGACUGGACUCUGAUAACGGAUCAGAUUGGAAACGACACUGUGAGUUUUGCUGACGUCACGAGCCAUACGGAUGAACUGGAUUCCAACCCUAAACUGAAGCUUGCGUUCAAGGAAGUAGCAGCGGAAGUCAGAAAAUACAUCGGUGUGGAAAAUAUGCCUCCACAGGAUCAGGUUUUUGAAAUAAUUGGAAAGGUACUUUUCGGAUACAUAGCUAAUGUUUCCCCCGCAGGAUAUUUUACAAAAAUAAAUGGAUUUUAUAUUGGAUUUUCUCAGUUGAAUAAGUCCUGUAUACCAAAUGCUUUGGUCACCGUAGAAGGUACUGAUGCUAAGCUUCGUACUUUAAAAAAAAUUGAGAAGAAUAUUAAAGCGCUGAAGCUCAAUAACUUUCACAAGGUUUGUGAUAUGGAAUAUGCGAAAAUUUUUCUAUCUUCAUAUCAGAAGAACUGCAAAUGCAACGAAUGUUCUUUGCCUUAUGGGACAUCUGUUCUUACAAAAAUUAUCGAUGAUACUAAAGCUCAUCGUAUCAUUGAGAAAUCUGAAAUGUUACUGGAACUUUACAGUACUCUUUACUGUUUUCAAAGUGAGCGACUGAUCGAUAAAGGAUUUUUUCGUCGAAAUAUCGAAAUUGCGUUAAAGAGGCAAGAAGGUGUUCUAGGAAAUACCAAUAUUCUCCGAAUGCGACUUCUGGCAUUGAAAUGUUUGCAUCUCGGCGGACAUCCAAGAGAACAACUCGAAGAUAUGGAAAAGCUCUUAAAGUAUAUGAAGCUUGCAUAUGGAGAAUACUAUCCGGAACUUGAAAUAGUUUACAAAAGACUGGUUGCUACAAGUCUAGUUGUACAAGAUUAUGCCAGAUUUGCCAGCUAUGAAGAAGAGCUACGUCGCUUUCAUCACACCUUAUUCAGGGACGAAUCUGCGAGAGAGAUAAACUUUAUGACUUCUUUAUUUGGACAUUUACGGAUGUUUAAUGUCGUUUAAUAACGAUUGUUUACAGUAUACUAAUUUUGUGAUUCAAAUAUUCUUAUUGUUUUGAUGUGAUAAAGGAAUCAUUAUCACAAUUUAUAAAUUCUGUACGUUUAUUUUCUUAUUAUGUAUAAAGUUACUGAAUUCAAAAUUUAUCUUAUAUUUUUGCAGAAUUAAUAAAACAGAUUUCUAAGCAGUG